AGAGCGCAUUAGUAUCGCGAACAGGUAUCAGCGCAUGUUGAGUAGUGUGUUGCUGUCAAGUUCAAGAAUUUACAAUUUGUUUCUUUUUAAAAAAGUUAUAUUUUUUGAUAAGAGUAGACGUUAGCUACGUUAGAAUUAUUGUGAAGAACUAACAUAAUUUCAAAUGGUCUUAAAUUUUAUGCUGAAUUUUAUUGAAGUUUUCAUCAAAUGAAAUAUUAUUAACAUAAAAUGGCUGAUUGUAAAGAUACCGAGAAGGCUGAAGAUUCUAUGAAACAUUAUAAAUUUGAUGGCCAAUCUUAUAUAUAUAAAGAUCCUACAACUAAUGUUACAUAUAGAUUUGACAGAGAUAAGAAUGAAUGGAUGGUAAAAGAUACAGAAGAAGCAAAGACAAAAGAUUCUGAUGAUAAUGAAGUUAGGGCACAAGAAGGAGUAUUUGGCUUUGAAAAUGAUACUCAUACAUAUACAGAUCCUAAUGACGGCAGUGUGUACUUUUGGGACAAGGAAAAAAAUGCCUGGUUCCCAAAGGUGGAUGAAGAUUUCAUGGCAAGAUAUCAAAUGAGUUAUGGGUUUACAGAUGCAAGUAAAGUAGAAACAAAUACUGCGCAACAAUCUCAAGCACAAGCAAAGAUCGAUAAAGAGAAAAAGAAGAUGGAAGCCAAAAGAAAAGCACAAGAGCCGCCAACUUGGUUCGAAGUAGAUGAAGCCCAUAAUACUGCUAUUUACGUGUCUGGCCUACCAUUAGAUAUUACUAUGGAUGAACUCACAGAGCUUUUCAACAAAUGUGGUCUCAUAGCACGAGAUGAAAAGGGAAAGGACAAGAUCAAGUUAUAUAAGGAUACAAAUGGUCAACCAAAGGGUGAUGCUCUCUGUAUCUACAUAAAGGUCGAAUCGGUGGAUUUGGCGUUAAAGAUCUUGGAUAAGUCUCAAAUCAGGGGUAAAACGUUGUCUGUUCAGAGGGCAAAGUUUCAAAUGAAGGGAGACGCGUACGAUCCAGCCUUGAAACCGAAACGGAAAAAAAAGGAUAAGGAGCGACAGAAAAAGUUGCAAGAUAAAUUGUUUGAUUGGAGACCUGAACGUGUGUUGGGAGAACCGCUGAAGCACGAAAGGGUGGUAGUUAUAAAAAACUUGUUUUCUCCAGAAGACUUUGAUCAAGAAGUCUCGUUACUGCUGGAGUAUCAACAGGAUAUUAGGUCCGAAUGCCUAAAAUGCGGCGAUGUCAGAAAAGUUGUCAUUUACGAUAGACAUCCAGAAGGUGUUGCCCAGGUAACAUUUCGAGAACCAGCAGAAGCACAGGCUUGUAUUCAAUUAUUGAACGGUCGUUGGUUCAGUCAGAGGAAAAUAUCGGCAGAAAUCUGGGACGGCAAGACGAAAUACAAGGUUACGGAAACCGACGCGGAAGUGGAAGCUAGAAUCGCCAAAUGGGAUAAGUAUUUGGAGGAUGGCGAGGCAGAGAAACGUCAGGAAGCCGCUGACAAUGAGAAUAGAAAGGAGCAGAAAGGAGAGGAAAGGUCCGCGGUUUCAGAGAAAGCGGAAUUGUCUGAAACGACGAUAAAGGAUUGCGACAAAACGGGAACGACUCAACGGUCGAAUGUUACGGAACGUUCAAAGACAUUGGAAACUACCAGUGAAACUGAAGUAUCUGCAAGUUCGGGGGAUUUAGAGCAUUUAGGGGAAUCGCUUAAAAAUAAUGCAUAAAAUAAGGAAAAUUCCAACGGCAGACUAAUUAAUAAAUUCUUCAAACGAGAAUAAUUGAGAGUAAGGUUGGCGAUCAUGAUCAAAGAGUAUUAGAAGAUAACUCGUACCUCAUUGUUGAAUAUCCAAGUACUAUUGUAUAAUAUAGCUCCACAGUCAUGUUCCGGUUAUUCAAAUCAGAUGAAAUAAACAGUAAUUUUCCCUGUAA